AUGAUAUGCAGAAUUAACAAUCCAACUUAUGUUGCUCCAGAGAAUGAUGCGUGGAGACAUGAGAAUAGUGGAUCUGAGAAUGAAAAUGAGAAGAUGAGUGAAUUGGUUGAAAAGAAAAUUCGUUGGUGGUUUGUGAAAGACGAAAAGAGGAAGAGAACACCAAAGACGUCCCCAGUAGUUCCUAUUCCUACGGAGCCAGCACCGAAGAUAGUUAUUAAGGGGCCUUCGAAAGAACCACAAUCAAGUCUGAUAGAUGAGCCAGUGUUGGAUCCAUCAAGCAUACCUCAAGAAGGGAUUGACUUGACAAAGAAAGAUCAAGGUACAAGUGCUCCAACAGAAAGUGUCAAAGACAAAGAGCCUGAAGGUGUUGCACGUGAUGAUUCAAGUGAAGCUGAUGAUGAGACCACUGAGACAGAAACAGAGCUUGAUCUUACAACGCUUGGUCGUGGAAAAGCUCAGUUGAAAAAGAAAUCAACAAAGAAGAAGAAAGGAUCUGACGAAGAAGAUUCUACUUACACUCCAUCAGUAGUUGGUGAGCGAAAAAAGCUGAGGAUAAAGCGAAAUGCAUUUCAAACUGGAGUGAUUCCAAGAAAUGUCAGAGCAAGAAAAGGUGGUGCCUCAAUGCUAGAAAUCCAAAGUGGUAAAAAUGAAAAACAUUUUACAACUUCAAAGGUGUCUGAAGCUGAAAAAGUUCAAAGUGUCAAAGUUCCAGUAGUUCCAGAAGUACAACAACAUGUUGAAGAGCCUGAGGUUGAGAUUCAAAAGAAAGGUGGUAAUGAUGAUUAUGUUGAAGUCAAUGAAGUAAGAGCAGCUACACCUCCACCACCACCACCACCACAAGAUCUACCUAUUCUUGAAGCUCCUGAAUCUUCAAGAUCAAAGGAUAAAGAUUUUUCUAAUCUGUUUGGAGAUCUUCCUCAUGCUACGGGGGUAUAUAAAGAUGAUUUAAUGCUUGAUGAUGAUUUUGAUGUGUUCAACAACGCGGUAGUGAAAGAGCUGGAGAAGAAAGUUGGUGAACUUGAGAAACAAAAAGAAAAAGCUGAAGCUGAGCGUGAAGUGUUAAAGAAGAAGCUUGAAGAGCUGAUGAAAGAAAAUGAGGAAAUAAAGACGGUCAUGAUCAAUCAAGCAAAGAAAAUAAAAACAAUGGAAGAUGACGUUGAAGACAAUACAAAGCUCUUUGAUGUUAUGCAACAAGAAAUUUCUGAUAUGAAUAAGAAGCUGGUGAAGAUGAAUGAGAUAAACCAGUCGCAAAAUCAAUUGAUUAAUGAACUACAUGAAGCAUUAGCGAAUGAGUUCAAAGUGAUGAAGUUGGAGAUGGAAGCGAUGAAGGCUGAUAAAGUUAUAAAAGAUGAUCAACUCAACAUGCUAUACACUAUUAUGGAAAGUCAUCUGAACAUUGAUGUUCAUGCUGUCUUCAACAACAUUGAAGUCAAAAGAGCCAAAGAACGUAGAGUUGAAAGAGAAAGACGAUUGGCUGAAGAAGCAACACUAAAGAAGAAAAGUGUUAUAGAAGAGACUCAAGAAGUAGGUGGUUCUUCGCGUCAAGUUGACGUAGAAAUGGUUGAUGCUGAAGUAGAUCCUAAGGGAUUCGUGCUUGUUGGUGAGUCUUCUACUCUUUCUUAUGAUUUUGAUGAUAUAGUUCGCCGAGUGCAUGUUAUACAAAAGAAAAAGAAGGCGAAAGAAGUAUUGUUGUUGAGAUGGAAAGAUGAGGAAGUAGUAGAAGAAGAAGAAGAUGAAGAAGAGAAGAUUGAUGAUGAGUUGUUUGAUUACAUCGACAACUUUCCAGAAGGUGAUGAUGAUGACAAUGAUCAAGGUUCAUCUGGGUUGUUGAUUGUGAAUCCGUCUGUGCAACAAAAGAUUGAAGAUUUCCUCAAUGAUGAGAUCAAUGAACAAGAGGAUGAUCAACAUCAAGAAGCCUCUACAUCAGGAAAGCAACACGUCGACCAGGUAUUCCUCACACAACCGACUGUCAUUUAUUUACAUGCUCGAUAUAAGGAGGAGCUAGAGGUACCUAGGUCAAGGGAGGAGAUGAUAGAGGAACUGGGCUUAGAUGAUGUGAAAUUCAAGUUCGAUAUAGAGGAUGAAAUACCUCUGUCACCAGAAAGAGAGUAUGAAUUUGUAUAUGCCCAGGAAGCAGACAAGUAUAAUGACGUGAUAGUUGAAGAUGCGUCUGAUUCGUCUGAUGAAUAA